AUGGAGCAUCUCGGCAGCAAAGCGAGUCCAAUCGACCGUCUCCGCGUAACCAUUGCGCAGACCAAGACGUCUCCUCCCACCAUCACCAGCACCGUCUUCAACGGCAAUCCAUAUCCCGUCACUGUCCUCUUGUACAACUCGCCGUUGGAUACAGCCGCACCAACCAUCGGGCUGCUGACCAUUACGCCCGACGGCUCUGCACAGCCGCUUGAAUUGCCCCGGAUCGAGUUGCGCAGAGAAUGGCCCCCCAAGCCCGAGUCACUCAUUCAGAUUGGCCCUGGGGAGAGUCAAUCUGUAGACAUCGUCCUGAAAGAGUUUAUCACGUCGCAGCUGGACAAGAAGGCGUCUGUUGUUCUCAAGGGCAGUUGGGAUAUGGUCUGGAACAAGCAAAAGGACGACGUUACUGCUGAGAUGUUGGAACAGGCGCAGAAACAGCCGAAUCCCGACAUGUUUACUGGCACCUUCACCACAGAUAGCCUGGAGAUAACGAUUGAAUGA